GAGAUGAUCAAAGUGGUCCUGGUGCAUCCCGAGGACAUCGAUAUAUGUAAAUAAGUGUACUUCCCAACCGAUAAGCCCACCAGGGAACACUCGAUUCUAAACAUGUUUCUGUCCCAGACGUGUUGUUAUUAACUUCCAACAUGACAUAGAGCCCGCCUGUCAUGGCGAGCAAUGCCUAGUCAGUGAUCUACAUUUCGGCCCAUGCAGGUUGGCAGAGAUCGAGAUCGUCAUGUGUACCCCAGUAUCGAAUGUGUUACUAUCCCCCGUCGCAACCAAUGCCAUUCAUACCCUCGAGUAAGAAAGAGUUGAAGGGGCUGUGGCGAGGAAGUGGGACCUUCAACAAACUUGCAGCUGUGUUACAUGGAUCGAGCAGGAGACGGCGGCAAACAAAGGGCUGUGCGCACGGGAGAUAUGGGGCCUGUCGAUGAGUUCUGAUCAGGCGCCUUCCAAGUUCCCACAAGUAGACAUCUAGCAAAACAUUCGGGAAUCCAGACAGAAAUGAAAGCGUGCAUCCAGGAUGGUUGGCCUUGACAAUGAACAAGCUACUGAACAACAAGUCGGAAAACAUCCGUUGCCAUCCCCGCACACCCUCCAAACAUCGAUUCCGCCGAACACAAGCAGGCUGGAUUUGGAGAGUUGGGCUAUAUAUCCUCCUGAGCUGAAUUGCUUGCAAGGCUUGGAAGUGGACGAAACGAGAGUUGAUGGCCGGAGAUACUAGAUGAGAGGCAAGGCUAGAUAUUGUGAGCAGCAAAGUCGGCCUAGACUGCGGCAGAAUCCUGCCAUGGGGUAUAAGUGAU